GCAGUCAAAACAUUAGUGUAUUUGUCUUAUUUAAUUUAGUUAGUAACGAAACAAGUUUUAUUUUUUGUAAAACUGCGAUCGAAUACUGCGUAUUACCGUUACCUGUCUUAAUUACUUGUAACCUAACUUCUUAGAGGUUAUUUUCAACAUUAAUUCUGUAACUAAGAAAUCAUUCAGACUUUGACUCCCGACCUUCUUUUCUGCGAUCCUCCCCGUGUUGAGCGUUAUGGCUGCCACCGUUGGAAGAAUUUGCAGGUCGGGGCUGUUGAAAACUAAGCCUUCACAUAUUCCUCUUCAGGUUUCAACAUUUUCCACUGCAAAGGGAUGGUCCAGAGGGCGCAAAGCGUUUUACGCCACUUGCGGGGUGGUGGCCGGGGGAGCAGGCGCUUUGUUGUUUGCGUUGGAUCAGUCCAUCAAGGCUGAGGAUCUUGAGCUUCAUCCACCCAAGAACCCCUGGACCCACAAUGGGUGGUUCGACUCCUAUGACCAUGCAAGUAUGCGGCGGGGGUAUGAGGUUUACAAGCAAGUGUGUGCCGCAUGCCACAGCCUCAGGUUUAUCGCCUACCGUAACCUCAUCGGAGCCACACACACGGAGGAAGAGGCUAAAGCUGAGGCCGAGGAGCAGAUGAUCUUAGAUGGACCGGAUGACACUGGCAACAUGUUCAAGCGACCAGGCAAGCUGUCUGACUACUUCCCUAGUCCGUAUCCCAACGAGGAGGCUGCCAGGGCUGCCAACAAUGGAGCUUAUCCCCCGGACCUGAGCUACAUCACUGCGGCCCGCCAUGGUGGAGAGGACUAUGUGUUUGCCCUGUUGACUGGCUACUGUGAUCCCCCGGCUGGAGUUGUGCUCAGGGAAGGCCAAUACUACAAUCCUUACUUCCCUGGUGGUGCUAUUGGCAUGGCCCAGGCUCUCUAUAACGAGAUUAUCGAGUAUACCGACGGCACACCGGCCACUCAGAGUCAGCUAGCCAAGGAUGUCUGCGCCUUCCUCAAGUGGACUGCAGAACCUGAACAUGACACUAGGAAGAAGAUGUACAUGAAGGUUCUGGUUGUAAGCGCAACCUUGAUCGGUAUGACUGUGUACUGGAAGAGACACAAGUGGAUCUCACUCAAGUCCAGAAAAAUUGCAUUCAAGCCCCCGUCAAGCCAAGAAUAAAAGGCUAACUGUAGUUGAAAAUGUGGUUACACGUAUUAGUAAAAUACAUCAAACGCAAUCUAGCGAUGCUAUUCACUCAAAGGUUUUAAAAUUGUAUUUAUGAAAUGUAAAUAAAACCAUUUAUGUCGACAACGUUGAAUAAUUAAAACUGCCGAUCCCGUGGAAAAUCAAAUCCUAGCUCGCUUCUUUAUUUAUUUUUGCAUUGUAAUUGUACCUAUCUUACAAUGGCCCGUGAGUGUUUUAUGUUGUUUAUCAAUUUUAUGAUAAAUACACAUAUGUUUGUACAGAAUUAA